UUUGCUCAUAUCACAACACAUACCCCGCUGCUAUCAAACGCGGCGUGCAAGCAAUGUCUACACGAGCAAACUCUGUCCAGCAACAGUUUUACAUGACUGCAUUCACUAUGCUCUGCUAAGUCAUUUGAUACUUUUCUCUCACGAAAGCAAGCAGCUUUCAUUAUCCAAACUGUUGCAAGUAAUGCCACCCACGAUGGCGGGAGCGGACCGCUGGAAACGCGAUCCCAUUAGAUUCCUAAUGUUCGCACUCAUAGCGAGCUUCUUCGUGUGGUACUACAACUUCUCGCAGCCGGCUCAGCGCCUGCUGCCCGACAUCAACCCGCGGGCAGUGCUGCAGCCGGAGCCGGGGAGGCUGCACAUAGUGGUCACCGGCGGCGCGGGCUUCAUCGGCUCCCAUGCCGCCAUGGUCCUGAUGCAGGCGGGCCACGCCGUGACGGUGCUGGACAACCUCUCGCGGGGCAACGCUGGAGCGCUGAGGGCGCUGAGGGACAUGGCUCCGGCCCGGCGCUUCCGCUUCCUGCGGCUGGACCUGGGCGAGCGCGGCGCACUGUGCGGCGCACUGCAGCGCGCGGCGCCGCGGCCCGACCUGGUCAUGCACUUCGCGGCGGUGGCGUACGUGGGCGAGUCCAUGCGCGACCCGCUGCAGUACUACAAGAACGUGACGGUCAACACAGUCAACGUGCUGGACUGCAUGGCGGCGGCGGGGAUAAAGCAGCUGGUGUACUCGAGCACGUGCGCCGUGUACGGCAACCCGGAGUCCCUCCCCGUGACCGAGGCCACCCCGCCCAAGCCCAUCAACCCCUACGGCCAGUCCAAGCUCAUGGCGGAGGAGGUGAUCCGCUGGUACGCCCGCUCCCAGCCCGACUUCAAAUCCAUCAUCCUGCGCUACUUCAAUGUGUACGGCAGCGACCCGCAGGGGAGGCUAGGCGAGUACCCGCGGCCGGAGCUGCGCGCCCAGGCCCGCAUCAGCGGCGCCUGCAUGGAUGCGGCGCUGGGGCUGGUGCCCAGCCUCACCGUCAAGGGCACCAAGCACCCCACCAAGGACGGCACCUGCGUGCGCGACUACAUCCACGUGAUGGACCUCAUCGCCGCUCACGUGGCGGCCAUGGCCCACCCGGCCAACCCGCCGCCGCUGUACAACAUCGGCACGGGGCGCGGCGUGAGCGUCAAGGAGUUCGUGGACGCGUGCAAGAAGGUCACAGGCAGGGACAUACAGGUGGUGUACCAGGAGGAGGCGCGGCCCGGCGACUACGCCGAGGUGUGGAGUGACGUGGCCAAGAUCAACAACGAGCUGGGCUGGAGGGCGAACUAUACAAACAUAGAGGAGGGGCUGCGACACGCCUGGAACUGGAGGCUGGAGCACCCAGACGGAUAUUGAUAACAUCAAGUGAGGAGAGCAUUCUAAGCAUUCAAAAGGUGAGGCCUGACGCCUGCCUGCCAGAGCCUGCACGGGCGAACGAUUGUGUAUGGCUGGCGACGAGGGGCGACGCAAGCAUGGAUGAUGAGUGGUGACGUACCGCCGGGGCGCGCGGGGCUAUGUAUGUAUGGACUCUUAUCGGCGAUAUGGCAUAUGCGGGUGGUGUGCGGCUGUGCGCGUUGUGGUGUUACGUAUACGCGAACCAGCUUUUGCAUUGGCGGGACUCGCGCGGGAGGCCCUGGGAGGCCCUGGGCAACCCGGUUGCGGGGUUUCGGCGGCGUGCCAGAAACGCAUGAAGAUCUCACCAAUGCUUGGCUCUCCGGCUCGGGUCUCAUGUGAGGGCUCUAUGCAAACUUAAUUGCUUGAAUCACCAGGAGCGGCUGGGGCAGUGGGCGCGUCGCGGUUACCUCGCGUCGCGAAGGACUCAUCACGCAGCGGCAGAUGUUUCCAGUCAACCGAAGUGCCCAAUCAAGGUCAUACAGGGUAAUAAGUAGUUAAUGUGAGCCCUGCGCACUGGAAGUGAAGAUUUUAUAACAGUGAAGACCCUCGCUUGCAGCUCAUGUCUCAAGCGCCU